UGUGAGCUCGGAAGUGCCUCUGCUCUGCCACAGACAGGAAGCCACAUGUUGUUCCAGCCAGAGCCUGCCCCCUGACUUCACUGCCAGGAGUAACGAGUCCAUCCCGAUUCCUUCUAAAGCAGACUGUUAAUCAGCCCCUUGGAGACUGAGUAGAGCAAGACCCAGAGAUCAGCUGCUGCAGAGGGGACGUUAUCCAGUUAUUCCAUGCUUCAUAAUCUGCCCAUUUUCCCUCCUCCUGAAUUGGUGAAAGCAGGUGGUUUGGAUUCUGUAAUCGGGAGGAGGUUUUAAUGUGGAAGUGCAAGUUUUUAGCCAAGACGGUUGGAUUGUGUUGGCUGUUCUGAGCGGUGCCGUAGGCAAAACCUGCUCCUGAGUCACAGGCCAUCAGGAGUCGAGGAUACCUGGAGGAAGUCAUCACUCCAUGUCGGAAACUCAUUCUGUGUGCCGAUAACAGGAAAGAGAUGGAAGACUGGAUUGCAGCACUGAAGACUGUGCAGAAUCGGGAGCAUUUUGAGUCUACCCAGUACAGCAUGGACCAUUUCUCAGGGAUGCAUAACUGGUACGCCUGUUCGCACGCUCGGCCCACAUACUGUAACGUAUGCCGGGAGGCCUUAUCCGGAGUCACCUCGCAUGGACUUUCUUGUGAAGUGUGCAAGUUUAAAGCUCAUAAGCGCUGUGCCGUUCGGGCAACCAAUAACUGCAAGUGGACCACACUGGCCUCUAUUGGGAAGGAUAUCAUUGAGGAUGAAGAUGGGAUCUCCAUGCCCCACCAGUGGCUGGAAGGAAACCUCCCCGUGAGUGCCAAGUGCACAGUGUGCGAUAAGACGUGCGGGAGCGUGCUGCGCCUGCAGGACUGGCGCUGCCUCUGGUGCAAAGCUAUGGUACACACAUCAUGUAAAGAACUGUUACUGACCAAGUGCCCCCUCGGCCUCUGUAAAGUAUCAGUCAUUCCUCCCACGGCCCUUAACAGCAUCGAUUCAGAUGGGUUCUGGAAGGCCACCUGUCCCCCUUCAUGUACAAGCCCUUUACUGGUCUUUGUCAAUUCAAAAAGUGGAGACAACCAGGGCGUGAAGUUCCUGCGUCGAUUCAAACAGCUGCUAAACCCUGCCCAAGUCUUUGACCUCAUGAAUGGAGGACCCCACCUUGGCUUGCGUCUAUUUCAGAAAUUUGAUACAUUUCGGAUUCUGGUUUGUGGAGGCGAUGGCAGUGUUGGAUGGGUCCUCUCUGAGAUUGACAGCCUCAACCUCCAUAAACAGUGUCAGUUGGGAGUGCUGCCUCUGGGUACAGGAAAUGACCUAGCUCGCGUGUUAGGCUGGGGUUCAGCCUGUGAUGAUGAUACUCAGCUCCCCCAGAUCUUGGAAAAGCUGGAGAGAGCCAGCACCAAAAUGCUCGAUAGGUGGAGCAUCAUGGUAUAUGAAACCAAACUUCCUCGCCAAGCUUCCUCUUCCACGGUCACAGAAGACUUCAGUGAGGAUUCUGAGGUACAGCAAAUUCUCUUUUAUGAAGAUUCUGUUGCAGCUCAUCUGUCCAAAAUACUGACCUCUGAUCAGCACUCUGUGGUUAUCUCAUCAGCCAAAGUGCUUUGUGAGACAGUGAAGGAUUUUGUGGCUCGAGUGGGGAAGGCCUAUGAGAAGGCAACUGAGAGCUCAGAGGAGUCUGAGGUCAUGGCUAGAAAGUGCUCUGUCCUGAAGGAGAAGCUGGACUCUCUGUUGAAGACACUAAAUGAUGAGUCUCAAGCCUCCUCUUCUCUCCCAACCCCACCCCCGACGAUUGCAGAAGAAAUUGAAGAUGGAGAGGGGUCUGGGAGUGUUUGUGAUUCCACCAGUGACCGCUCAGUGGGAUCUGCUUGCCCAGCCCGGCCUCAGAUAUUCCGACCUCGGGAACAGCUUAUGUUAAGAGCCAACAGCCUGAAGAAAGCUAUUCGUCAGAUUAUAGAGCAUGCAGAAAAAGCUGUUGAUGAGCAAAAUGCCCAAACCCAAGAACAAGAAGGUUUCCUCCUGGGUCUCUCUGCUUCAGAAGAGGGAAAAGAACUGAAGAGCGAGGACAAAAUUUCUCUGCAGUCAUCUCACGGUGGGAACUGUGGAGUUUCCAGAGGGAGGACUCACCGGAAAGGGUCCAAAUCCCCUUGUGAAAAGCUAAUAAACAAAGGAAGUUUGUCGCUGGGCAGCUCUGCAUCUCUUCCUCCCCAGACAGGAAACCGGGACAACUUGCCAAUGCUGAACACAAAGAUUCUGUACCCGAAUAUUCGUGCUGGGAUGUCUGGUUCCUUGCCUGGGGGUUCCGUCAUCAGCCGUUUACUGAUCAAUGCGGAUCCUUUUAAUUCCGAACCAGAAAACCUAGAGUGUUACACAGAGAAGUGUGUCAUGAACAAUUAUUUUGGCAUUGGGCUAGAUGCAAAGAUCUCGCUGGAUUUCAACAAUAAACGUGAUGAGCACCCAGAGAAGUGCAGAAGUCGUACCAAGAACAUGAUGUGGUAUGGAGUGCUGGGAACCAAAGAAUUACUACACCGAACUUACAAGAACUUGGAGCAGAAAGUCCUGUUGGAGUGUGAUGGGAGGCCAAUCCCCUUGCCCAGUCUUCAGGGAAUUGCAGUCCUCAACAUUCCCAGCUAUGCAGGAGGCACCAAUUUCUGGGGAGGUACCAAGGAGGAUGAUAUGUUUACGGCUCCAUCCUUCGACGAUAAGAUUUUGGAAGUGGUCGCAGUAUUUGGGAGUAUGCAGAUGGCUGUUUCUCGGGUGAUUAACUUGCAACAUCACCGGAUUGCCCAGUGCCGAACGGUGAAGAUUGCCAUCCUAGGAGACGAGGGAGUACCUGUGCAGGUGGAUGGAGAGGCCUGGAUUCAGCCCCCAGGUUACAUUCGAAUCGUCCACAAGAACCGGGCCCAGACCCUCACCAGAGACAGGGCAUUUGAAAGCACCCUCAAAUCCUGGGAAGACAAGCAGAAAUGUGAGCUGUCUCGACCACCCUCCUUCUCCCUGCCCCCAGAGAUCAUGUCAGAGGAAGAAUCCACGCAGAUGAACCUGUUUGGUCAGGCAGCUGGAGCUCUGAUUCACAGCAUCCGGGAAAUAGCCCAGUCCUAUCAAGACAUGGAACAGGAGCUUGCUCAUGCUGUCAACGCCAGCUCCAAAGCCAUGGAUCGAGUCUACGCCAAGUCCAAAACCACAGAGGGACUCAACUGCAGCUUUGUCGUUGAAAUGGUCAAUAGCAUCAAAGCCCUGCACAGCGAGACAGAACUGCUGCUGUCUGGGAAAAUGGCCUUGCAGUUGGAUCCUCCACAGAAGGAGCAGCUCAGGACAGCCUUGACAGACAUGGACCUUCAGCUUAGGAAGCUGGCAGACAUUCCCUGGCUUUGGCAGCUCAUGGAACCCAGCGACGAAGAGAACCUGGUGCUGGAUUAUUCCAAGCGAAGCCGCAGUGGUAAAUUCCGCCUCGUGACCAAGUUUAAAAAGGAGAAAAACAACAAGAACAAGGAAACUCGUAGCAGUAUGGGACUCCCGGUUCACCUCUGGGGGACGGAGGAGGUCGCAGCCUGGCUUGAGCACCUCAGUCUCUGUGAGUAUAAGGAAAUCUUCAUCCGACAUGACGUCCGGGGCUCUGAGCUCCUGCAUCUCGAGCGGAGGGACCUCAAGGACCUGGGAGUGACCAAAGUGGGACACAUGAAGAGGAUCUUACACGGGAUCAGGGAGCUGAACCGCAGUACGCCGGCCAGCGAGGCUUGACCUCGUUCUGUGCAGCCUGUGCCCACCCUUCCCCCAACCCCUGAACCCGCCAGGGCACCGACGUUGGCUUCACGGAACAGCAGGAACGAAGGACGGGACAGUUAACACCCACCUGGCAAACUUGGCAGCUGGUUGGAGUUCAUAUUGGCCUCUCAUGGUGCUACUCUUCUCUGUGGGCUACCAGUCAAGAGGAACCCUGCCUGCUAGAAGGAUGCAGCUUCUCAGAAGAAAAUUCACCAGCCAGCUCUGGCAAUAGUGCAGGUCUCUUUGAUAAAGCAACCCAGCUACCCGGCCAAACUAAAUCAGUUCAGAAUCGUUCAGGGGAAAUGGUGUAAUGGGCAGUUUUAGUCCCAUGGCAUGUAGAAUGACCUAUCCAGUGCCGUGGCAUAUUCUCGCGGGCAGUGACCGAACAUGGUGACGGUCACGGAACGCAGAACGUGUGCAAGUGACCUUCGGCAGAUGCUUUUCUGUCCCUACCACCAAAUUCCCACUUAUUUUGACCGGGUUGCUCUUUCACAUAUGCCUUUUGACAAAUAGUACCUGUGAGAACACCAGCCUUUUGCAAAGGAAGAAAACAAAAUAAAGGCAUUCUGAAAUCCUC